CAACAGCAAGUGCUAAAUCAUAUCCUGUUUUGUAUUUUUUUGUAUGUCCUAAUAGAGAAGCUUCCGGGGCAGUGUGCUGUCCUGACACAUGAUCAACGUUUCAUCUACUAUCUGAUCACAAAGAAAAAAGCCAGCCAGAAACCCACGUAUGUCAGCCUAAGACAGAGUCUGGAAGACAUGAAAUCUCACUGCUUAGAAAAUGGUGUCAAUAAGAUAUCAAUACCCCGAAUUGGCUGUGGCCUGGACCAGCUGCAGUGGUCAAAGGUGUCAAAGAUCCUGGAACAGAUCUUUAAAGAGACAAAUAUCUCCAUCACAGUGUACAGCCUGCCCUGUGUUGGGUCAAAGCUUCAAAUGCAUGCCAUGUAGUACAUUUUCAUUUGAGUUUUGUUUUUAACUUUAAGUCCUUUAUAAUCUCUUAAAAUUUUGGAUGAAAUCAACACUCUUUAAACGGUUUUAAGGAAACAAUAAAUAAGGAAACAAUAAAAACCUCCCCAUAAGAUGUUUACAUACAAGACUUUUAACAUCCCACUGAUGUAAAAAAAUGAUGUUUCCUGCCAUUAAAGAUACGAAACUUA